CAGUAAAUGAACAUAACGAUAUCACAUGGAAGAUUUACGGCUAGAUUAUUUGAACGUGUAGAUAAUAAAUUAAACCACGUUUGUACCAGGCAGUCAUACAAUCCUUGACAUUGGCUUUUUGAAAGCAAAAAAUAAAACUAGCUAAGAUAAAGCGCAACAACGGACUGUAUAAGCGUACGAAAGAAGGUUUAAGUGUGCAGUUUGAACUAAGAACAGGAAGAAAUGGCUAGCGAAGAAGGUGACUCAAAGUACGUGAGCCCUUUGGACGAUGCCAGUAAAAAGAUAUGUCACGACGAGCUGCAUGAACGCAACGAGGCUGACACGUUGAUAGCUGUUCAGACAUUCAGACAGUGGAUUCACGAACAAAAAUGGUUAAAAACACCAACGGAUUACAAGUUCCUGUUGCGGUUCCUUCGGUUCCGUAAGUUCAGUGAGUUGGAGGCGCGGAAGGCCCUUGAACAUUUUUGGACCGUGAGGACAAGGCGACCGACAUGGUUUACGGGAGAGGAUCCUACAAAUGAAAUUGUUAAAAAGGUCCUCAAAUUGGGGAUCGUCUGCAGCCCUAGACAGAGAGAUAAACAUGGAAGGAGGGUUAUAUUCGGAAAAAUAGAAAAUCUCGACGUUGCACUUCUGAAGCAAGUAGGAAUGGACAAACUAUAUCGGACAUUUUCACUAUUUUACGAUUGGAUGAUGUGGGACGAACGCUGUCAGGUGGAAGGUGUUGUCAUGGUAACGGACUAUCACCACAUGACUUUGCAAAUGUUCCACACUUUUGCGGACAAGGAAUUCAAGAAGGAGUACGUUGAAUACUUCCAUCACGGUCUACCGAUACGAUUGAAGUCUAUGAACGGUUACCGCGAACCCCACUUCUUCGACCUUGUGUAUGCCUUUGUGGAACCUUUCCUACCACAGAAAAUGAAAGACAGGUUUCAUCUGCAUGGCCAAAGUAUGGUGAAGCUUUAUAAAGACCUUGGGUACGAAUGUUUCCCCAACGAGUAUUUGCCGGACGAUUACGAGGGACCAAGAGCGGGGACGUAUUCCGAAAUUGUCGAUGAAAUGGUAGAAGACAUGAGCAAGCCCGAGUUUUUGGAGUACAUCCGUGAUCUCUCCAGCGGACAUUACGGUGUGGACAAGAUCAAAGAUCACCAUACCGAGGAGGGAGGGUCGUUCAGGAAAAUUGCUGACUAGCGAGACAUUGUUCUGUUGAGCUUAUCUACCCUCGCCUACAACAUAGACCCAUUCAGCGAGUGUAAUAGCAAUCUUUUUUUGUAUUGAACAAUUUAACCCGUUUUGAUUUCUACACAGAUGAGCCUUAUUUCAUUCUUUAAUAGUACAGUGUGUUUGAUGAUAUGUUGUAUUGCUUUAAUUGAGAUGCUUCCUCGAUCAGCCUGCCUAUUGAACUAGUUUGAUGUUAGUUGUAUCCACUCAAGAACAAUGCAUUUGUGAAUUAAUCAGACUACAUACAGUACUAACAAACGGGCUUACGUGUUGUUUAAAUUAUUAUUGAAUGUGGUUAGUAUUCUGUAUACAUGUAUGUAUAUAUAUAUGUCCAAAUAAAAUUCCAACAAACGUG